AUGGUUAAUAGCCCAAAUGCCGUGCGGUUCUUCUUCGACCAAAAAUCCAUGCUUUCCAUUGUUUACAAUCCCAAGCAGCCUCGGGCUUGUGAUGCUGUGGGUUUGCUUGCCUCCCCUAUACACCACCUCUAACUGCGGUCCAAGGAGAGGAUUAAGUUUGCCUAAGCAGGGUUAGGACCAGCUGCCCUAUGGCCGGAUCUUAUCAACUUAUUUUAGGUUGCGUAGCUUUGUUUACUUUUACUGCCUGAAGGUGGAUGUGUGUGUGAUUAUUUUACAGGUGUCCGACCUGCCGGAGGUUUCGGAAAAACUCAAUCAAGUCUACGAUCUAGCUAACCGGCUUCAGAUAAACAAGGUGACCACAAAACCAAUUCCCAUUUGCUCCACACACACAUUUAUGUCUCUGCUUUAAUUUUUCAACCCACAUGAGCCGAAAGUCAUUUCAUCUAUAAGAGCCGAUGGCCGUGCGAAAUUGCUUCGCACAUUUGGCUCUAUCAUGAUUUUCGGCGUGCACUUUUCGUCCUCAGCUGUCCCACGGGGUCUGUCCAUCAACAGUUGAUAAAACAUAGAGAGUUUCCUUGCUAUGACCACGAUUGACAAAACUGAGUGCUCCUCUUAGAGAACUGGUAGAAAGACCACACCAAGGCAGACUGACCUUCGACCGCAGCAGGGGCUCCACCACACCCUGUAUGACUCAUUCCCGGUUCCCAAAACAACAUCUGAUCUGAUUGGAUGACUGACAUUUAUCCGAAUUUCACGAGAAACUCAUUUACCUAGCCCCCUCGAUAGGCCAGCCAUCGCGAGCGAUGACACUAACCACUGGCACACGAGGUGGGUGGGUGUAGCCGAUGUUUGAAUUACUGCAGAUGAGACUGAACUUUUGAAGCGUUGUUGCAGACGCUUAUGAGCUGGCGUCUCAAGAUCAAAACAACUCUGUGGCCCUGUGGCAUGCAGUAUGGCCAUACACAGGUAAGUCGACCGUCUGAGGCAACCACCUCCGCCGUUGUAAUAUGCGUAGAUCGGUAGAACAUGCGCUUUCUUCCUUCGUUCCGUCUCAGUAUUGUCGUCAGAAAGAGCAUGGAGGCUGCCGCGUAACUACUUCUUUAGGCCAGUCAGCACCGGGGUGACCUGCGUUAAAAACAGCGGACCAACCAUCGGUUGGCAACGCAGUGCCGGUGCAAUAGAUUUAGACAGAUGGAAGAAUUUGGGCAUGCGAAGUCUUGUCAGUUGAAGAGGGGGAUGGUCACACGUGAUAAUUUUUUCAACGUCUGACGUAUGCAGGUGACACAGGUAAAAUCGACCGUCUGAAGCGACGACCCCCAUCGCCGACCCCCCACGGUGGCCCGGCAGUGGUGACUUGCGCGUGCAUUUUGUUUCACAGUGAAGCAGACUUGCGUUACAUUCAAAUCAUUCAUGCUCUGCUCCAACACCCACCAUCUCCCGACAACAAUCAAGGCGACUAGAAAUGGGCGUGGGUGCGAUGUCUGACAAAUGCGAACAGACAGUCCACGCAUGCGAUGCACGACAUUGUCCCCACCUCUUCUCGCAAACUUUUCCAUUCGGUGGAUUGUCCCGGACUUAAAUGAAAGUGACAUAGAAGCUACAUCAGGGAAGAGUCUCUGUAGUCUAACCCUCAGUAUUCAGUAACACAGAGUUGUUGCUUCAGUUGGCAGCCUUUCAAGUCACGGCGGUUAGCAUGUCGUGAAAAGUAGGGCGUUAAAUUCGAGCUGGAUUUCUCCCUCUCUCUCUCUCUCUCUCUCUCUCUCUCUCUCUCUCUCUUUCUCUCUCUCACUCUCUCUCUCUCCUCUCUACUUUAGGCUUUCUUUAGCAUCCCCCGUCCUUCUUCCAUACACCACUGACUUGUCUGAGUCAAGACAACUUGGUACGAGCUUGUGUGUAAUGACUCACAUGACAAAUGGUCCACGUCCAACGCGUUCCACACAAGAGAUCGGAUGUCAUUAAAAUGAGAGGUGCCGUAAGGACGACACUAAGAAUGCGUAAUUUGCGGCCUAAUUUUCGUUCCAAAGAAGGACCGAAUUAUUCCGUCCGUGGGUAGUUUUCAGACCAUGAUGUUUAACACGCCAAGUUUAUUGUAGUGAGGACUGUGCUGAUUUGGCACGAGGAUGGAUUCUUCGGGUCUGGUCUGACCUACCUAGCAACCUUAAUUUUUAUCACGUGCAAACGCUCUGCAGCAUUUCAUUUCUACCUGCUGCUACAGAAAUCAGCGCGAACGUGCUGCAUAGGCAGACGAGGGCCGUCUAAUGGCUUGGGAUCCAAAAAGUACGUGCACAGACCACUAUCAGCGCCGACUGCACCCCAUCAGGCUCCUUCCUGGCUUUGAUUCACCGCCUCGGUCGGCGAGCUGCAGAGCGAAGGUGUGCAGGGAGUAGUUUUCAGAGGAGAGUGCAGUUGCGAUGCGCCGCAAGUCAGCUGACGAAUUGAUGGAACCGGUCAAGUUUUUUUUCACGGACUGCAUUGAUUCAUAAGGAAUUGCUGCCGCUACUGCAUCCGAUGCUGAAAUGCCAUGUAUUCUCAACUUUAAGGGAGGCGAAAGACGACUGCUGGCCAAAGCAGUCUAGGUAAUUCGUGUCCGAUUUGAACUUUGGUCACAGUCAAUUCAUGCUGGCCAUUGUAACUUUAAGGUCUCGUGACGAUAGUCAACAAGUCGGGAACACCUACUACAAGAAGUGCAACACUAGCCGGAGUGUGGUCUUUCCGGUGACUCGUCUUCAAUUUCUGUCCUUUAAGUGUUCAGAAGAAGUCGGAGAGAUAAGUCUGAACAUUUUCUCCGUUUUUUCUGCGGAAGUUCUUUCGCGAACUCCCGUUGUUUUUUGUGCCGGCUCCACGGACUAUGGGAGUUUAUAAGCAACUUCCAGUAGCUCAAUUCUCGGCUUUUUGUCCUGUCCGCCUCCUUGUUAAUUUGAAGUUCCCUCACUGCCUGCGACGUCCGCUUCCCAGACUGGAAAAUCAGAGACUACCUUGGAGAUUUGGGCGUGUGUGAUGUCUUAUUUUUUCAUCUCUCACGAUAUAUACAUAUAUGUAAACGAUGCAUAUCACCUAGCGUAGUUUCCGUGCGUCAUGGGUGGCCGCCCAGUCUCCGUCCACCCCCUUUCCCUCUUCAUACGCCAUGCGUGACACUAGUUCUCGUGUGUCGUCUGAAUCAUACCAGCUAGCCGAGGGUCGACUGGAAUGGCCUUUCUUGAGGACCAAACAGUUGGAUAGACGUCCAACUUUUAUACUGGUUUCGAAAAGUACUCCUAACCCCAAAUUUGCGUCUGUAUCAUACUCAACCGGAGGUCGAAUAGGGUUGUAAAUUCAGACUUGUGAGAAACUACUGCACUCAUAAGGAGCUUUCAAAACCGCAGCCCGGAAAGCCGCCUGGAGGUGAUUCUCCCUUACAAAUAUGAUUAUCCUGGUUUUUGAAAUGUGGCUCGAUGUUCAGGUGAAGAGAAGCGCUUUGUGAUAUUCGUUGAUAGAUAGAACACGCACUCUCGUCCUUCGUUCUGUGUCAGUAUUGACGCUGGAAAGUUAUGGAGAUCGGGGCGAGAAAGUAUGGACGUCGCCGCGCAACUAACUACUUCAUUCUUCAUGCUUGUCACAAUCGAAGGUGGUCUGAACUAAAAACAGUGGCUCAACCACCGGUUGGCUCUGCAGUGCUGGUCCAAUAGACUUAGACGGAUGGAGGAAUUUGAGCAUGCGAAGUCUCUUCAGUUGAAGCGGGAGGGAUCGACACACGUGAUAAUUCGUCCAAUAAACUAGACGAAGAUCACAGUUACUCGCGGAACCAGCGGUAGCUUGCAGGGGAUUGCGCUGAGGGAAGUCCCACUACUUCAAUGCGAAUGGUUUUACAAGGCGACAGCGACGAGUGCCGGCUCCCUGAAUUACCAGGCACUUCAGCCCCGUCUCUCGCGUACAUCGCCAGCAGCCAACACGGAAAAACGUCUCACACAUAGAUUUUUUACUGGUUAGAGAUGUCACAAGACCAUGCUAAGGUGAAUACACUCCAUCCCGGUUCCUAGUCCCGAUCACCGAGUUAUCCUGCCAAGUGGCAACUUCCCAGGCCGCCACUUUGGACCGCCCUGAUGUAUAUAUACACACCGAGUAUAUUAUUGGUAAGGAAGGGUAGUGCUGGUGGUUAGUGUGGCCUGAGAGCAGUUGAAGUGUGAUGACAGUGCUGCACAGUUCCUUCUUAAAAUAAUUCAGCGUAGAUCGAAGUUUUAUUUAUCGCCAGAGUCAGUUUUAAUCAAGAGUAAUAAGCGAACCACCUUAUGUGUGCGUGGUGCUUCGCUUGUAUUGUCUCUUGUGCCCCCCAAACAAGCCACCGCGGUAAAUGCACUGGACCAACACGGGGCCACAUUGGAUCCUGGCAGGCAUUACCGGAAUGUGCACCGUAACAAAUGCCACCAUUCGGGGUGCGGUGGCAGGCCCAGUUGCCGGCUCACAUCGAGCACAGUAGGAUCGCUGUCGCCUCCCCACUUUUGUUGUUGGUUAAACACCUGUUCAAGCGCUGUGUGGACCAGGUAGUGUGGAGUGGAGCGCCAAGGUGUGGGCUCAGCCGUGCCAUCCACCUGCGCCUCCCCCCCCCGCCUCCGGUUUUCUUGGCUCUUUCUUGACCUUACUGUGAAGCAGGCACGGUAGACAUUGUCGGUCACAACGGUCGACGGUUGCAGUCAUCCAUGUCUGCCGUUAAUUUUGCCUAUUAUGAUGGCUCAAUCAGGGGGUCGGAAUAGCAGAAACUUGUAGCUGAUUUCUUACCGAACGAGCCGCCCAGUAUCGCCACGCGAUUCCGAUUGCUAAAUUUCGCGUCUCGGAUCUGGCGCACACACAAGCGUCUGUCAACUCCUUGGCUAAUGGAAUUCACAGCGAAUGCAUGCUGAUGACGCUCGCGGCAUUGCAUCGUUUGAAUACUUUUGCUUGCUGUUGGUGGCGUAUUGAAUAAUAUAGAUGUUCCCCUCAUCGACACACGCGAUGUGAGCUCCGUUUGCCGUUAAUGCUUAAGUUAUUUGCAUUGAGAACACAGGUUCUGUGGUUCAGAAAGGAGACAUUUCUUAUCUGUUUCCUUAAUUACAUUUCUCGCCUUUAGGUCAGUGCAUUCUUUUUGCAAUUAGUAGAUGCCGCCCUUUCAGAGAGCUUAAAAACGUCCGGUUUAGUAAAUACCUGCUGGACAACUGUUUUGAGUAACUUAGUCGGUAGUUUACAUUUUGUCAUUGAGAAGCAUCGACGUGCCAUUCCUUACAAGAGGCCUGCUACUUAAAUGCACAAUAAAAAUCUCUCCCAAUGUCAAGUUUAUUUUCAGGCUUAAAUUCGCCCUGCAACUUCGACCGCCAAUUUGGGCGGAUACGCAAAUGUAUAGUCAAAGGGGGCAUAUGUAGGGUUUGUGAAGAGUCUCUGGCAACCCGGCACAGGGUGAGGGCAAAUUAGAGAAGUCAGCAGUAGCAAUUUCCUACGACUCGUACUUCUGCGUAGGACGGGAUACCAGUCUCCUCCUACGAGCCACAUCUACUCCAACCUUCACGUUCGUGUCUCGCUCUACGCUGCUGGGCGAAAUCGCGCACAUGCAUGAGUGUCGCGUGCGUGGCCCACGCAAGGAGGCGGUCUUUGCGUCACGUCAGCCUUUGCACCCACCCUCAUAUUAAGCCGCUGGUCGAGAGACCGCCAUGACACGGGAUAGGAAAGGGUGAUUUUGACCGAACCAGAGGAAUCAACUCUUACGGCGAAUCGGCACAAUUCUCACUAAUAAUAAAUCUGAUGCGCUUGGACCCAGUAGGACUUGCUAAACAUCAUAAAGCAGUUGGGUUAACUCAUGAAAUGUCAACCGAAAUUCCGAAAUGCGUUCUCAUUUCGGAAAGAUUAAUUAAGUAGGGUUGUAAAACUAAUUAGUCUGCAAUAUAAUUCUAUAAUAAUUCAGUUACCUCAGGAUGAUGGCUUUCGUAAGAACGUCCUUCCCGAUGCAUACAAAAACCAUACUCUGCAAAAAAUGACUACAUAAUUAGCAUGCAUUUUUCUCAUUGAUUUUGGAUGUCCCUAAAAGUCCAAUUAUAUUUCAUGGAAAACAUGUAUACAAAUAUUCACUCUAUUGCUCAUUCGGUAGAAAAUUACGUCUUCUUUCAAUUUUAUACUCUAAGAAAGGGUAUUAAUCGGGUUUUCAAAAACGUUUCUCAUUCCCGAAUAAUUUUGAACCCGCUCUGCCGUUACACUUGCAUUCAGGGUUUCCAAACUACAAGCUAUGCAUUUUCCGCGUGGUGAAAACCACACAUUUCUCUACGGUAUUAAGAGAAGACAAUAUGGGGUUCAUAAAAGUUAGCAUUGGAUUUGGUCCAUAUCGUUAACUUUACAAGCCACAUUGGUAAAUGCAGAGACAUGACGUUUUAUUAACGGCCAUUUCACGGAUUUUAAAAUUCGCACAAUUAGACACUUUUUAAGACCGAAUUAUGUUCCUCUUUCAAGUAUAAAAUUGGAAGACGACGUAAUUAUCAACCGAAUGAGCAAAAGAAUGAAUAUUUUUAUGCAUGUUUUCCAUGAGAUAUAAUUUAACUUUUAGGGGCAUCGAAAAUUAGUAAUAAGAAUUCAUGUUACAUAAGUAGUCAUUUUUUGCAGAGUAUGGUUUUUGUAUGCAGCCGGAAGAAAGUUCUUACGAAAGCCAUCAUCCAGAGAUAACUGAAUUAUUAUAUAAUUAUACUGCAGACUGAUUAGUUUUACAGCCCUACUUAAUUAAUCUUUGCGAAAUGAAAACGCAUUUCGGAAUUUCGGUUGACAUUUCAUGAGUUAGCCCACCUACUGUAGCUUGAAAGCCACCCACUGACGGGUUAGUUGGGCCUUUCUUUGGAAUGAAGGCCUGGCUGCAAAUUACUAAUUGUUGUUAAUGUGGUCUUUAUGGCCCUCUCAUUUUAAUGACAUCCGAGCAUAGGCGUUAGACGUAGACAAUUAGCCACGUGAGUUGAUGCACGCGAACUCGUACCAAGUUUGGCCAGCGCUUCCGUACGUGAAGAACGUCUCGGCGGCCGUCAGCCGCCCUCUCGCACCGCUUGAAUUUGGAGCGGCACACAGACCAGAGGCAAUCAUCGGACGCCAGGUAACGAGAUCAAAAUGCUUACUGCCGCGGAGAGAAAAACCCAAGUUCGUUUAGCGUGGACAGAGAAAUUAGCCACACGGGGAGCGCGCUGGCGAAUACUGUUUACAGCACCAAUAUCGGUGAGCCAAAUAGUCGGUAAUCAUCACGCCGGCAUCCAAUACAGAUAAUGAAAUUGCAACGAGUAAGGCAGAAACGACUAUUCCAAAAUCCGUAGCCUUUCCCAUUGGGCUUCUGCUAAUCCUUUCUGUUGCAGACAGUCUUAUUCGCCACAGCAUUUGAAGUUAAGGCUUUCUCGGGCUUCUGUUUCGCUUCUUUACAUAAAUUUGUUUUUCAGUAGCGGAGCCUUCCCCUCCACAGCCACCGAAGUUGAAAGUCUUUUCUGUCCAAGCUCAUCUUAUUUUGCUUAGCAUAUUCGUCUCACACGGAAUUUGACUUCCGAUGUGACCCUGCAAACAAAAGCUGAGCGUCUAACUGGUAGGCAGCUUGCUGGCUCGAAAGGGAGAGCGUUUUGGCUCAGACCUAUGCCAACGCCAUUUUUUGCUACAUCUGUGUCAUUCGGAUGGAGUUUGACCCUAUGAUUGAGAUGAACGCGUUAUGACGCCCGAAGGUUGGACAAACUGUCUGCUCAGUCAAUGCAUCUACUUUAUUCUCAAAUCGCUCCGACAAGGUCUUUGCAGUGCAGAGAGGAAGGGUGAGGCCGAUAGUAUGCGGUCAUCACUGUUGUAAUUAACUCGUGGCAUCUUAGAAGUCUCGGAUUGAAAAGAUUCCAACUGUUCCAACAACUUGUUCCCACUUCUCAAGAGGCAUCAUCUCAUGCCUGUCUUAAUGCAGCCUUAGCGGUAACUCUCGGGACUACCAUUGACUGAUAAUGUGAAGCCCGACUGCGACUGUGCUAAUCAUUUAACGGAACGAAUGUUGGACCAGCCACUGUGCAAACCUUUUGACCGGUUGCCUUGACUCUAUCUUACAAACGAUCUACUACGAGAAAUGCGAGGCGAAAGAGAGGCAAGCCAAUGUCAUGCACUCCUUCACGACCACGAUCAGCUUCACACGCAAACCAUUAUUGCCCACGUAGGGGUUUGCGAUGUGUGUGUGGGUGUGUGUGUGGCAUCGAAACAUAAUUAGCUAGUCGCCCCUUGCUAAGUGCGAGUGCACAAACAGCUGGUAGAAGGCCCUGGUAGGGGCGUGACUAGCUUGGAGUGGAAGUGCAUGAAGGUAAUGCUACUCGUAUAUCAGGGGAUGUUCAGUGUCAAGGCAAGCGAACGCUCGUGCUCCUGUCGAUGUGUCUGUGGACCAGGAAGUGGGCGUGGUCUUGCAGCUAUGGAAGAAGAAGCGCUCUCGGCUUCAUGGAAGAACGCUACCACAGGGGCUUCCCCAUCGGACUUCUUGGACCAGCUGUCGGGCCUUCAAAUUUUCCCAGAUGGGAUGAAGAGAACUCCGGUUACAGGAAAGACUAGGAAUGGUGGUGACCUGUGAAAUCUACGUCUUAAUUUGAAGUGUUACAAGUUUUCACGGUUCCUCAUCCCAUAUUUUAGCUCGUGGUUCGAAUUUUCCGUCCGGACAAGACGACGAAGGCAAUCCUCAUCGACCAUUGCAUGACCGCUGGUGAAGUGGCCUCAAUGCUAAUCGAGAAGAACUUCCUUGAACCAUCCAUUCACUUGUGCCUAGUUGAGAAAGUUCCCUCGCUUAAAGUUGGUGAGUUGUUUUUUAAGGGUAAUGUAUCCCCUUCCAUAUCCCAUAAUGCCUCAAGAAGAAAUAUGAUUCCACAAAAUACACGUGAGAACUUAAGAGUUGGUGUAUUCACUAGAAAAAUGAUGACUUACUUUACUCAACAUCUGAAAGCAACGGAGUUUCACACUACUUAGUUAGUGGGCUUCCCCUUAGUAUGAUUCGCACAGGUGGUCGAACAGAUGGUCAGCCGAGGGCCUUCGUAUUCCUGUAUACAUAUUUUCUGGAGUCUCGUCCCUUACAGUGGUAUUGUAAGUUCAUUCAGAGAAUCUCUUUCGUUUAAAAAAAUAUUUAAAGAUCCCGAUCAAUAUCCGUCGAGGUUCUGCGGCUACAGUACGAAUCUGAACCCAGCCCGUCAUUUUGGCCAGGUUUCAAUUUUGCGGGCAAAAAGGGCAGAGUUUCAGUGGAAUAUGAAAAUCAAUAACAUUACCAAACUCUGUCUAAAACUUUUGUUUUUGGUUCUGUGAAGCAAAACAAGGGACCCGCAUCAAAAUUGGCUCGGGGAGCAAAAACAAAGCAAAUUAAUUCAAAGCUUAACGAAGCGUAACUUGCGGAACGUAUAUCCAGGUUUGCAGGCAUAGCAGGUAUAAAAAAUACUUGAUUAGUCUGGUCUGUCUUUAGCUUUAGGAUUACUAGUCUGUUGCCUUCGCCUCUUAGAAGGUAAUGAUGCAUCUUUGACUUUGCUUUAAGGCGGCUGUUUGACAAGCUACACUUUUUGGACAAAGGAAUGAUUAUGAGGCAGAAAAUAGCCGUAUCGAUGGGUAACACCUGCGUGAGAUGCGUGGUUUGGGCUUACAGUACACUCUUUUGCCGUUUAAUUCUUACUGCCUUAGGUACGCUUAAAUUCUUUACACCUUUGAUAUAAAGUUCAAGAAUGUGUUGUAGUUUUCGAAAAACUAGUCGAAAGCAAUGACUACGUCUACUAAACUGAGCUUCGCUUUACACCAGCUGUUGCCUUCAAAUACCUUAUUUCGAUUGAAGUCGCGGCAGAACCGUGUUGAUUCGAUCUCCUCGACUUUGAUAUAUAAAGUCUCACGUUUUUUUAUGGGAGCAACUUCGAGUUUAUAUGUAGUCUUUGAAAAAACCGCCGGACUGGAGGGACACUGCGCACUUACUUGGCAUCCGAGCAUAAGGUGGCGUGCCGUUCAAAUUCAUAUCAGUGAGGAGGCCGGCGUACGCAGUUUACAGCCACAAGUCUGAAAAGUGGGAUUGGAAUGUUCCGUCUCCUCAACAACUCUUACCCAUCCACAAGCCUGUUUCUGAUCCUGCUCAAUUGCCGAUUAGUGUUUUAUUGCUAGUUCCCGUGUUCGCGAGCGUCCGCUAAGCGCGCAGCACAGCACAGCCCAGCGCAGAACAUAAACACCGACUCUCUAAUGAAACUGCAGCAGCAGCAGAGCGACUGGGACUUUUGGCAAAGUUGCCCGAAUGUUGAAAGCCUGCCGUCCUCGCAUUGACCCACAACUGCCGCCGUCAAGGUGUUCGCGUGAUAAUACUACGUCCGACCAGCCGACCUCGUGAGGUCUCGCUGGGGGGGACGGACGUGUCCUCCCCUGCUCCGUGUUCACCUGGGUUGUUUCCGGCAUGUUUCGAGGAUCGCACGCCUUCGCUCAUCCCUGAUUCAUCCUCCCCUCAUUUUACAAACGCGUAUUCCUCACGGUCGUCCGGUCACAGCUUUCCCGCCGGUCAAGAAGGCAAACAGACCCGUGUUAUGCGAGGAAUACGCAGAAAUCGAUGAAUUUACACUGACGGACUAAUUAUUGUCGAUACAAGCGAAAAUGCAGGUCCUAGGAAGCAGUUGAGAGUAGACACGAUCGCGCUUGAAACCAUCGUCAAAGACAGUAUCAGAUAAGAGUACGGUAGGACUGACUUAUUCGGCCCCCUAAACAGGACAUGGGAAUAAAGGUGGACCUGCGCAUAAUUCCGUAAAGGACAAAAUAUUCUCGUGCCCUAGCCCCAACAAUAACCCUAAUCAUUGCCCUAAUCUUUCCCUUAACCCCACCCUAAAUUUUGACUCUGCAGUUACAACUAGCUCUUACCUUAGCCCUAAACUUUAUCCUAACUUACCUUACCGCCAACUUCAAAUCUAACGUUAGACCCAAUCCCUAACCUAACCCUUAUUUCACUGAACGUUGACCCAAAGCCACCUGUAUUGCAGACGGCUCCUGUUCUCAUGACCUUUUUAUGGGCCCAUAUAAGUCAGUCCUACUGCGGGUUCGAGCAUGAAUCCGAAAGACCAGGCGGGUAAAGUUCUUGCUCCAGCGAUCGCGUAUUCUUCUUUCUAAACUAUGAGUUUGAUAAAGGCGGUGCUUGUCUCACUAAUUCCCAACUCAAACAAGGGGACAGUCGAGGCAUUCCUACUGUGAUUACAGAUCUCAACCUAACGUGGAUGGUAUUUAUUAUGCCCUUCUCUUUCUCCCCCCUCCCUCCCUACUGCCCAUUCUGAGAUUUUGUUUUUGAUCUGACCUCCUGAAAAGAUAUCAGACUGAACAUAAACUGCAAGACUUCCUAUUCGCAAGACCAGUUUAACUAGCCUCGACUUUUAAAACUUCCUAUUCCUCUACAAUUACUGUGUCAAGCCUUGCGCUGCAGCCCCCUUAACCAAGGAAAUUGCAAAAACCUUCUCCAGCGGGUCACACAUUUGAUGUGAAAAUGCGCUCGAGCCACACCACCCCAUGGGGGCUUACGAAUCGGAGGUUGAAAUCUCUUAUCGCAGGAGAAACCCUAGAACAAUGAACACUGCGCAUAAAGAGAUUCGUUGGUACACCCACGUUUAGAUUCCAAGGUCGAUUCACCAGAAAGACGGGCC